AUGACGGCCGACGGGGAACCACACGACCGGGAAGCGGCCGCGAUGGGAUUCGAGGUGCUCAAGGGUACGCUACGAGAUGGCGUAGGUGCGCGUCUCGGGCGUCUGGCCAUUGCGGGGCGCGCUCCCAUCGACACGCCCAAUUUUAUCGGCGUCACAUCGAGGGGCACGCUCCCACAUCUCACUCCGGACAACAUCACCCGGCAUUUGCAGACGAAAGGGGCGUAUAUGGCCCUGGAAGAUUUCAUUGAGAAGCCACAGCACCAUCCCAAGAGGAUACCGCCCGUCUACCAAACGCCCACCGCUCCUGCAGGUGCUCCCUCUCCAGCUGGCCAUGUCUCUCAACCGACCCCCCGCUUGCACGCCUUCACUGCCAUGCCCCGCUCUGUCACCACCGUCCUCGCCGCCCGCCGUCUGCCCGCCGUACCCGCGCCCUCGGGCAACACCAACAAAUCCAUCUCCGUCUUCACCUCUACCGGCUUCCAGGCCGUGACCACGCAGGACUACCUCUCGGCCGUCACAGCCUUGUCUCCAGACAUCGCCAUCCCCCUCGCCGACCUGACCCAUAGCACCGACACGCCGAGUUCCAAGCGCGCCCUGCGCAUGGCCGAGCGGACCGACGAGUGGAUCGUCGAGUGGUUCGCCUCGCUCCAGACCCGGGGCCGGACUAGCACGACGACGACAGCUACCUUUGCCCCCAUCCUGCCUGUCCCCUACCCGAUCCAGUGGGAGUACAUCUCCCGCCUAGCCGAGGACUAUGUCCCGACGGGCCAGCUAGCCGGCCUGGCCGUGCACAACCCGGAUGUCCUCCGCGACGUGGCCGAGCACUACCCGUCCCUACUCCCUCUCCCGCGCUUGUCGCUAUCCACCCCGCCCACACCGCACCACAUCCUCCGCCAGAUCUCCCGAGGCGGUAUUGAUCUCUUCACCAUCCCGUUUAUCAACGCCCUCUCCGACGCCGGCCUAGCUCUGUCUUUUACCUUUCCUCCUCCUCCGCUCACAUCAGAAACACAACCCGAGACCCAGACACAGACACAGACACAGACACAAACGACAACAACCACAACCACAAAAACAACCCGCCUCCCCCUAGCAAUCGACCUCUCCGACCCCGUCCACGCCUCCUCCCUCGCCCCCUUAACCUCACUCUCCACCUGCCCCUGCUACGCCUGCACCGCCCACCACCGCGCCUACGUUCACCACCUCCUGCACGCCCGCGAAAUGCUCGGCUGGACCCUCCUGCAGAUCCAUAACCACGCUGUGGUCGCCUCCUUUUUCCAGGGCGUGCGCGACACGUUGCUACACGGUCCUUCUGAAAGCUCUACAGAAUCAGGCAGUCACAACAAUUCCAACUUCAACUCCAAUGAUGGGAAUGGAGGGAAUGGUAGGGAUGAAAUAGAGAGGCAAGAGACAUUCGACCAAGCCAUGGCGCGUUUUACACAGACGUAUGAGGUUGAUUUCCCCGAAGGUGCGGCGGAGCGGCCCAGGGCGAGGGGGUAUCAGUUCAAGAGUGUUGGCGGUGGGGAAGGGAAGAGGAAUAAACCGGCUUGGGGGAGGUUUGAUGGGGCUGAUGAGGGGGGGGAGGGGGGUCUUGAUGGAAACGGAGGGAGGGAUAAAGAGGGCGGAGAGAGUGGGUGA